GAGCAGAAGGGGCAGAGCUUUCGUAGCACCUGAAAAGAAGUUUAUUGAUAUGGUUCAGCGGAGGAUUCAAGUCUAUCUGUAAAGUACAAGUAUGACGGAGGGAACGCACCUGCGGAGGCGAGGGGGCCCGUAUAAGACUGAGCCAGCCACAGACCUGGGCCGCUGGAGGCUGGCUAAUGUGGAAGGCAGGCAGACCUGGCGCUAUGUGGAAGACCAGGACACCCCAGACAGAGAACAGACGAUGCUGGAAGCUCAUUCUCUAGGCUUGGACACUAGUAAGUAUGUGUCUGGCUCCACAGCUGCCCGCACAGCUGUAGAUGCAGCUCUGAAAGGUAUGCACUUCUAUAGCCACCUGCAGGCUGAAGAUGGUCACUGGGCAGGGGACUACGGUGGACCUCUCUUUCUGCUCCCAGGUCUCCUGAUCACAUGCCAUGUGGCUAAGAUCCCUCUGGCCGAAGCUUGGAAGAAAGAGAUGGUGAGGUACCUGCGUUCUGUGCAGCUGCCAGAUGGAGGCUGGGGUCUACAUAUUGAAGAUAAGUCUACAGUCUUUGGCACAGCGCUGAGUUACACCUCAUUAAGGAUCCUGGGAGUAGAGCCUGAUGAUCCAGAUAUGGUUCGAGCCAGGAACAACCUGCACAGCAAAGGUGGUGCCGUGGGGAUUCCCUCAUGGGGUAAAUUCUGGUUGGCCAUUUUAAAUGUCUACAGUUGGGAGGGAAUGAACACACUGUUACCAGAGAUGUGGCUGUUCCCCACUUGGAUGCCAGCCCACCCCUCCACCCUGUGGUGUCACUGUCGCCAGGUCUACCUCCCCAUGAGUUACUGUUAUGCUGUGAGACUGGCUGCAGAGGAAGACUCUCUGGUCCUCAGCCUCAGACAGGAGCUUUAUGUCCAGGACUAUGCCACCAUCAACUGGCCCGCACAGAGGAACAAUGUGGCAGCAUGUGACAUGUACACACCCCACAGCACGCUGCUCACCAUCGCCUACAGGGUGCUGAAUGUGUACGAAGCCCACCACAGCACCACACUGAGAGAAAAGGCUGUCAAAGAACUGUAUGAACACAUCCAGGCUGACGACCGCUUCACCAAAUGCAUCAGCAUUGGACCGAUCUCCAAGACCAUCAACAUGCUGGUUCGCUGGUAUGUGGAUGGUCCCUCCUCUCCAGUCUUUCAGGAGCACGUGUCCAGGAUCCCAGACUACCUCUGGUUGGGAUUAGAUGGUAUGAAAAUGCAGGGGACCAAUGGAUCUCAACUCUGGGAUACAUGCUUUGCUGUACAGGCUUUCCUUGAGGCAGGAGCCCAGGAUAACUCCAUACUAGCUGACUGCCUCCGAGAUGCCCAUCGGUUUCUCACCAUCACACAGAUACCUGAGAAUCCUCCGGAGUACCAGAAGUACUACAGACAGAUGAACAAGGGAGGAUUCCCCUUCAGUACCCGCGACUGUGGUUGGAUUGUAGCUGACUGCACAGCGGAGGGCCUGAAGUCAGUGAUGCUGCUGCAGGAGCUAUGUCCCUCUAUCAGCCAGCAUGUCAGCUCAGAGCGCCUGUAUGACGCAGUCAAUGUGCUGCUGAGCAUGAGAAACGCUGAUGGUGGAUUUGCUACGUAUGAAACUAAGAGAGGAGGAAGACUCCUGGAGCUGCUCAACCCCUCAGAGGUGUUUGGUGACAUUAUGAUUGAUUAUACCUAUGUGGAGUGUACGUCAGCAGUAAUGCAAGCUCUGAAGCACUUCCAGAAGGCCUAUCCUGAACACCGGACUGAGGAGAUAAGGUCCACUCUAAAAGAAGGACUGGAGUACUGCAGGAAGGUGCAAAGACCUGACGGAUCAUGGGAGGGGUCCUGGGGAGUGUGCUUCACAUAUGGAAUAUGGUUUGGCCUUGAAGCCUUUGCAUGUAUGGGUCACGUCUAUGAGGAUGAGGAUGCCUGUGUGGAGGUGCAGAAAGCCUGUCAGUUCCUGCUGGAGCGGCAGAUGCCAGACGGAGGCUGGGGGGAGGACUUUGAGUCGUGUGAGCAGCGGAGCUACAUCCAGAGCAGCAGCGCUCAGAUCCACAACACCUGUUGGGCGUUGUUAGGCCUCAUGGCUGUCAGGCAUCCUGACAGGUGGGCCAUUGAGAGAGGAAUUCAGCUGUUAAUUGACAACCAGCUGCCCAAUGGAGACUGGCCACAGGAGAAUAUUGCCGGUGUGUUCAACAAGAGCUGUGCUAUCAGCUACACAUCCUACAGAAAUGUCUUCACAAUCUGGACCCUCGGUCGCUUCUCAACACUUUACCCCAGCAGUCCAUUGGCUGGGAAGAUCAAGCUGUGAAGACUUAUAAAAUGUUCAUCAGACUAUGUGCCAGGAUGAAGAAACACAAUGUUUACAACAAAUGCAAAGUUCAACAACAGAUGCAAAGUUCAGACAAUCAGUAGAAAGUGACUUUCUGUUACUUCCACACAAUUUCCAUGUGUAGCCCUUCACAGACUUUUGAACACGUCAGCUAUGUAUUCAGUCGAGUACAUUAGAUAAAGUAACACAUUUCAUUCUUUGAAUAACUUUCUGUGUUGACAUUCCAGGACGGCUCAUCCAUCAGAGCUACUCCCUCAAACCAUGAUAACGUGCUGCUAUCAGAGACGCCCAGUCAAUGUUUUCUGCUUUAUAAAGUAUAUCACAACAUUUAUGUCCAUGUUGCUUUAUAUAUCUGCCCAUUCAUACCAUUAGCAUUUAGAAUAAACCAUUUUUCUAUGGUAUCAA